AUGGUUGUAGUUAUAUCAAUAGGAAUGGUGUUGGUUGAAUUUCCUGUAUUAUUAGGCGUCAUCUGGAUCGAUGAUUUUAAAAAUAAAGUUCCAUGGGGAUUUUGCCUUUUUCAAGGAGUAGCUAUCCAAUAUGGUGCAUUUUUACAAAUGUCGGGAGGGUUGUGCUUUGCAUAUCAGACAUAUCGAUUACUCGUUCUUAACAGGCAAGGAAUAACCGAAACGUUAAAAAAAGUUUAUAUUGCCCUGGUAAUUCUAUAUCCUCUUAUACCGACGGCAAUUUUAAUUUAUAUUGCCAUGAAAUAUGAUGCCAUUAAACCUUUGACUCUCAAUUGCGAUAUCGUAGAUCCCGUAUGGGUUAGGCUUUUUGGGUAUUCUGGAUCCAAUUUCAUAUUAUCCUUUGUCGGUGUAUACUACAGUGGACGAGCAGCGGUAGCAGUAUUUAGACAUUUGGAUCGAUUUAAAACUUCGAUCUCUUCAUCAAGAGGUCAUAUCCAAUCGGCUCAAACGUCUGAAAGCGGCCAAGAAGAGUUAACGAUAUCCACAGAUCUAGAGGAAAAUACGAAUUCAGUUGUAACAUCAAAUACCGUUCAAACAUCAGAUUUAACAAAGCAAAUUAAAGUAUACAACUUGACAAAAGCCGCCGCGAUACUCAUUAAAGGAGGUAAAACCAUUGAAAAAGGUUUAUCGGGUCAUGAUUGGGUUGGUGCUUUACAGGGGUCCAUAAUUUUCUUGAUUUUUGGUAUACCACAAAAUGCAAUGAAAAUUUCCAUUUGGCAAUUUGGCAACACAACUUUAUAUGAUCGUGGAGUUUAUGUUAGAGAUUGGGGUGAGAAAAUCAUGGGCUGA